AUGCUCAACUUCAAACCCAACCUCCUCCACAAACUCCUCAUUCUCAAUCGAACAACAUCAUCCUCAAUAAUGAUCAAACUCACCCUCAUGUGUCUCCUCAUCUUCACUUUCCUCACCACGCCCUGCUUAGCAGACCGCAGCGACACCAAGAUAGCCAACGCCACCGUGACCUACGACUGGGAGACACCAGACCAGAACCUCACAGUGAUCUGGGAUUGGGAUAUGGCCGAGACUGUGAGGGUUUCUGCUGGGCAUAGUAGGGCUCUUUCGAAGCCUGUGGGAGGGAGGAUAGGGAUUAUUGUUCUGGGUGCUGGGGUUGUUGGGGCUUUUUCGGUCUGGUGA